UAAGAUUUAUUUUAGUAUAAUGAAUAUAGUGUACAAAGAACUUUUCAAAAAUUCUUUUCUCUUUAUUUAAAUUAUGUAUGGGUAUAAAAUUAUUUAAAAAAAUUAUUUUAACCAUAAUUUAAAAAAAUUAUUUAAAAAAAUUAUUUCUCUUAUCUAAAAAAUUAUUUUAGUAUAAUGAGUAUAACCAUAUUUUCUCUUUAUUUAAAUUAUGUAUGGGUAUAAAAUAUGUAACCCGAGUAUGGACUAAACCUAAACAAAAAAUAUGAUCCAUACUCAAUCCAAAAUAUAAGAAAUACUGUAAUGGAUCUUGUAGGGUGGUAACUCGAAAUGUUAUUAGCCGAAUCUGAACUGGCAAUCUGAAUGAAUUGAUCCGAUUGUGAAAAUUAUCUAUUAUUAAAACGUUUAUCUAUUAUUUUAUUCGUGAUUAAUGACGACAAAAUAAUUUUUUGAAGGGGUUUCGACAAUUUGUGUGUGUGCGCGCGCUGUGACGGAAUAUUUUGCUUCUUUUUCUUCUUCGUAGAAAUCUUCCUUUUCUUCUCAUGCACGUUCUUGGUAAAUUUCCUAUUGCUCUAUUAUGUAAAGCCUUUUCUUCUCAUGCACGUUCUUGGUAAAUUUCCUAGUGCUCUAUUAUGUAAAGCCUUGCACUGCAAGCCAGGAAGCUCUUGUAUUGAUAAUGUCUAUUUAAGAUAAACCCAUAAAAGCGCUUUUUUUUAUCUCUCUCAUCGCGCUUAGAAAAAAAGGUAUGGGGAAUUUCGUUUCCAAUUCUCAAAACAACAACCAACAUGAAUCGAGAGACGAUGUGUCAUUGAGAAGCAAAGAAUCACAAUAUAGAGGGAAGCUGUGGGAGUGUAUGAAGGCACACUCUGAUUACUAUCAGCCAAUUAUCGCUGCGGUAGAAUCUGCUAAGAAAGCGGUACGUAAGGAAGCCCAAGCCGUCAUGGCACCCUCAUCUGUUGGACGAGAUGUAAUGGAGUGGAGAAAAGACCCAAAGGUGAGAGAGGAAGUAGACAAGUAUUAUGAUUUCAUGGAACGAGGUGCUUGUAAAGAAUCAUGGAUAGCUUUAGCACAAUGUUGGUAUGCGGCAGAUUGCGUUAAGGAAGACAAGGAUAAGCUUAUGUUCAUGUUAUGUGAAUGUGUGGAGGCUCACUCUGAUUACUAUCAUCCAGUUCUCGAGCCAGCUUCUAAAGUUGCUGAAGAACAGUUGUUUAAAGAAUUAGAAGCCUUCGUCUUAACGUCUUCGGAUCAACCAAAGGUAGGGGAGGACGAAUUAACAGAGCGGAUCUUGGAGUUCAUGAAUGGAGGUGAUUGCAAAGAAUCAUUCACGCCUUGGUUAGAUAUCAUUAUCGAGGAAGCAGAAGCUGAAGCUGCUGCAAGCUCAUGAGGGUUACAAGUUCUGAGAGGUCUUCGGUUAAGGUAUUAUCACCACUGGAUUUGAGGAUUUAACUUUCCCUAAGAUUUUUUUUUGUUGUUGGAUUCUUAACUUAAUUAGAAGACCAUAAUAAUGGUUGAGUUUCGAUUUGA